AUGGAUGACAAAAUUUCAUCACUGUUGGAGUGGCUACGUCAGGAUGAUGAAUUCUAUCUAAACGAAUGUGUUGAAAUCAAAGACACUGUUCAAUCUGGUAGGGGUGUUUAUUUAGAUUGUGGAGAAUUAAAACUGAAUACGCCAAUUGUGUCAAUUCCCGGUGACUACCAAUUAAAUAAAGUGUCUGUUUUAAGCCACAUAUCACAUUUCAACAAUGCGAUCCAAGGUAGUAUCGGCAACACACCUAUAAAGGAUGCAUCUGACUAUUAUAACCAAACUAAUGAUGAUGAUCCAAGAUAUAAGGCUUACAAGCUUUUGACCACUAGCUUUCUUGAGAAACUGAGCUCAUUUCAAUUGCUUUCAAUGUAUAUCCUAGCAGAAUGGUUCCUUCUUCCCCAUUGGUCUAAUGGCAAAAUUACCUCGUUCUGGAAACCUUUUUUUGAAUGCUGGCCUACAAAUGAGGAACUCUCAACAAUACCAACAAUUUGGGCAUUGUCAGAUAACCCGUUAACUAAGGAACUGUUAAAUCAUCUUCCAGAAACAUCCAAAACCCACGUAAAUAGAAUCAGCACAUUAGUUUCCAAGGAUUGGGAAGUGCUUCAAAACAUCUUUGAGGUGUGGAGCACAUUACAUGCGUGUCCUACAAAUGACAAUAUGUAUGGGAUGGACGAAAUAUUUAAUUUCUUUCUGAGAAUAUAUUUCACAAUUAACUCUAGAUGCUUAUACGCUGAAAUUCCUGGAAAUGGAGACGAUACAGCAAGUAAUUUUACACUUGUUCCUUAUGUUGAUUUUUUCAACCACACUGUUGACCCUGAUGUUCAUUGUUACCCAAGAGUAAAGUAUAUGAAAAAAGGUAAAUGUGGUAUUGGAAAAUUUGAGAUAUAUUGUGGUCGAUAUUCUUACAAAGAUCUCGAUGAACAGCUUUAUUUGAACUAUGGCGCACAUUCGAAUGAUUUUCUGCUAAACGAAUACGGGUUUCUGAUAUCAAAUAAUCAUUGGAACAAUCUUGAUAUAUCAAAAGAACUGAAAUGUAUUUUAGCAAAAAGUCCGGAAACCGUUGCAUUUUUGAAAGAAUGGGAUUACUGGGACGAUUACACCAUUUCUGUUGAGGAUAUCAGUUAUAGAAUUAUCAUAGCACUUAGCCACUUAACCACAAGAGAUAACAGAAAAGUGACCAACUUAAUAAACGGGUAUAUGUCUGAAGACUAUUUCAGAAAGGAGAAUUAUAGAAUAUUAAAAAAUUUACUCGAACAACUUAAGUUAAAUUCAAUUAGUAAAAUAACCCAAUUGAAUAAGCUGACCCCGUAUGAUGACUUGACUACGCUAUAUGUUUGGAAUAUAGCUAAUCUUUAUGAGGAUGAGAUCGAGAUAAUAAAUACAAUUAUCACAUCAAUAAGUCCUGGUUAUUAA